AUGGCUACAAGGGUCCUCGGUGCCAACGUAGUUAUUGACGAGGCCAUAGUAGUCCGAGUGAUAAUGGUUACAAGGAUCCUCGGUGCCAACGUGGUUCAUGACGAGGCCAUAGUAGUCCGAGUGAUAAUGGUUACAAGGAUCCUCGGUGCCAACGUGGUUCAUGACGAGGCCAUAGUAGUCCGAGUGAUAAUGGUUACAAGAAUCCCCGGUGCCAACGUAGUUCAUGACGUUGAUGACUGA